GCCAUCUGUCAGAAGUUAAAGCGACGGUCCGUCGAAGUGUUUGGAAAUCGAUUGAGUUUAGUGAAAAAUUUAGUUUUAUUCCAUAAAAACUACUGCUAAGCGUGAAGAAACUUUUAUAAUUAUUUGAACAAACAUGUCGCUCGUUUGCAGCAUAUCCAAUGAAGUGCCGGAACACCCGGUGGUAUCGCCCCGAUCCGGGGCCAUAUUCGAGAGGCGAUUAAUCGAAAAGUACAUCGUAGAGAACGAGUGCGAUCCAAUAAAUGGGGAACCGCUAAAGGCAGAGGAACUGAUCGAAAUCAAGACACCUCCAAUAGUUCGCCCCAAGCCACCGAGCGCUACCAGUAUUCCAGCGACGCUGAAAAUGAUGCAAGACGAAUGGGACGCCCUAAUGUUGCAUGCAUUUACCCAGAGGCAACAGUUGCAAACCGCGCGGCAAGAAUUGUCUCACGCCCUCUACCAGCACGAUGCGGCCUGUCGUGUGAUUGCUCGUCUGAACAAGGAAGUGGCAGCUGCCCGUGAAGCCUUGGCUACCCUCAAACCACAAACCGGUAUCGCUUCCAUUCAGUCCUCGAUUCCACAACCGUCAAUUGCUGCGGAAGCCGGAGGAAUGGCCACACAGCCAAUUGAGCAGGCUGGUAUGAGCGCCGAGGUCAUUCAGAAGCUCCAGGACAAGGCCACAGUCCUGACGCAGGAACGAAAGAAGAAAGGUCGUACCGUUCCGGAGGAGUUGGUUAGCGCAGAAAAGAUCCGAGGUUUCCUCACACUUGCUUCACAUCCCGGUCUUCAUUCGGCCAGUGUGCCCGGUAUUCUGGCCUUGGACAUCAACCAUUCCGAUCAAAGCAAAAUCCUGACGGGAGGAAAUGACAAAAACGCCACCGUAUUCAACAAGGACACCGAACAGAUUGUCGCUAUCCUCAAGGGACACACCAAGAAGGUUACGAAGGUCAUAUUCCAUCCGGAGGAUGACACCGUCAUCACAGCUUCUCCCGAUGCCUGCAUUCGUAUUUGGAACGUUCCAACCUCCCAGACUCAGCUCCUUCUCCGCUGUCACGAUGGUCCAGUGUCUGGCCUGUCUCUUCAUCCCACAGGAGAUUACGUCCUGUCCACAUCCUCCGACAAGCACUGGGCCUUCUCGGAUAUCCGCACCGGACGUCUACUCACAAAAGUUCCCGAUCCAACCGACAUCGGUCUCACGACGGCUCAGUUCCAUCCGGACGGUUUGAUUUUCGGCACAGGAACCGAAGACUCGCAGGUUAAGAUUUGGGAUUUGAAGGAGCAGAGCAACGUUGCCAACUUCCCGGGCCACACCGGACCGAUCACGGCCAUUUCCUUCUCCGAAAACGGUUACUAUCUGGCCACGGCAGCCGAUGACGCUUGCAUAAAGUUGUGGGAUUUGCGAAAGUUGAAGAACUUCAAGACGAUUACCCUGGACGAGGGCUAUGAGGUGAAAGAUCUAUGCUUCGAUCAGAGUGGAACCUAUUUGGCUAUUGCGGGUACCGAUAUCCGGGUCUACCUGUGCAAGCAAUGGCAAGAGUUGAAGGUGUUCAAUGACCACACUGCUUUGGCGACGGGAGUUCGAUUCGGCAAGCACGCUCAGUAUGUGGCUUCGACCAGCAUGGACCGUACGCUCAAAUUGUACGGCAUAGAGUAGGACGAGAUCUUCUAGAUUGAGUAAGCAAGCAAUUGACUUCGGUGAGUAUAUUGUAUGUCUGCUAUAGAUACCCUAGGGUACGGAUUAUUAAAUUUACAUCCCAGUGUUUUGGGACUUUUCAUUGAUCUAGAACCUCUAAUUUAACACGAUGAAAUAUAAAUGUACCAUUUGUAUGAUGACCAAUA